AUGUCUCUAUUUCAGUCUUUGUAUGGUAAGCCUCCACCUUCGUUUCCUUUUUAUCCUCGCGGGUUGGCACCAGUGGAUGCUUUGGAUGCUGCUUUGACGGAGAGGAACGACUUGCUGUGUUCCCUUAAAAGGAGUUUGCUUCGUGCCCAACAGCGCAUGAAGCUUCUUGCUGAUAAGCACCGAGUGGAUCGUUCCUUCCACGUUGGUGAUAUGGUUUUGUUGAAGCUCCAACCUCAUCGUCAAGUUUCUGUGGUUCGUCGUUCCAAUCACAAACUUGCCAAACGUUUCUUUGGGCCUUUUCCCGUUGCUGAAAUCCUUAGUCUAGUGGCUUAUCGCCUGGCGUUACCUGUGGGUUGCAAAAUUCACCCGACUUUCCAUGUUUCUGUUUUGAAGAGGUUUUAUGGGGCUGAUGCACCUGUGUCUACUGAGUUACCAACGGAUAGUGUUGAUAACAGACUGGUUUAG